AUGAAAAGAUGCAUAAACUUAAUAGAGACCAAUAGACUUGAGCGAAAUAAUGAAGGACUAAACUACAUGCUGAUGCAUGAGGCAUUAAAAACAAGAAGUAUUAGCGAAGUAAUAGAAAUCUGGGCAGAAUAUUUCGCCAAUGACAUUUAAUAUGUUCAAUAAAUUGCAAACAGAAUGAAAUCAGAGUUUAAGCUUGAAUCAAUCUAGUAUAUAUACCACAUCUCAAAGUAUAAAAACUUCCUAGUGAAUAGAUUUUAGAAAUAUCUUCAUUUCUAUGAUAAAAAAGUAGCAAGUAAUGAUUAAUAAUUCAAUAAGCAACCUUCUUAAACAUAGAUAAUCAGCAAGCCUGAAUUUAAAGAUAAGGCUCUACCUUUCGACUCUCACUAUAUUGAAAGAUAAGAUAUAAUAUAUGUGAAAUGCCCUUAAUUAAUUGACUCAUUUCAUAAUGGCGAUUACAACAUGAAUUCAUCUCUAUACAAGCUAAAAUAUGACACUAAUUUCAAAUAAAUACUUAUCAAUAUAAUGUAUAGCAAGCAAACUCAAAAGGAUCCAGGAGAAUAGCCGAAAUAAUAUGACCAAUAAGAAUUCGUUCAGUUAGCAUUUUAUUUACAGGAGCUUUAGAAUAUAUUUUACUUCCACUCACAAGAUUACUCAAUAGUUGCAGACUCGUUUUUAAUUAUCAACUUUUAGGAUGAAAUACAAAUGUAGAUUAAUUUUGCUGAUUAUAUUGAGAACUUAAAGCUUUACAUCAAAUUUAUGUAUUUCAGCUGUGAAAGAGUAGAGUUUUGGGACAAACUUAUGGAGUAAAUUGGACCAUACACUUAACUCAAUCUUGAGACAGAGUAUUAUUAUUCACUUUUGAAAAAAGCUAGUUUAAUAUUGUAAAGUCCUUACGUUAGUUAUGAUGAAAUAAAUACAUCUAAAGAAUUCUUCUACACUUAUAUUUAAACCUCAAUUUAUGAAAAAGAUGAGGAUUUAGAGAUUUAUUCAAUGGUUGGUUUUGCCGAGUCUUUCAUAAAAAUGAAAUAGUGGUCCUAAGGCUUAGAAAGAUUAUAAGAACUCUUUAAAGAUAAGAUUUAAUCGAAAUAUGAGUACAAGUAUAUCAAAGUUGCGAUCUAUAUGGCUAAAUUUUUUAGAUUUUGUGACUAAUUUUAGAAAUCCUUAGAUAUUGCAAAUCUUUGGUUGAUCCAGUGGAGAGAACUCCUAGGAGAAGCACAUCCAAACACUUUGGAAUUGUACGGCUUAAUAGCACUAAAUUAGAUUAGUCUCAAUUUUGAAAAUAAUGACACUAUCAUAUUUCUGUACAAAUAUUUAAAGCUUAAUCAAACAGCUAAGAAAUAAUUUGAUGAAUAUUAUGAAACAUUUAGAACAACUAAAUUAGCUUAGAAUCUUUAAUUAUCUGAUGAAUGA